AUGGUGGGCUCAACUCUGGCAGUGGAGGAGCUGCCGGAUCCAAACCAUCCGGAGCCCCCGCUUCAACCGAGUAAAGGUGCUCCAAAGCCAGGUAAUAAAGCAAACACCACAGAGAAAGAAGACACGAGGCUGGUCAAUGUGCCCUUCACGGAGUGCAAGCCCAAUGAGGUAUUCACCGUCAACAAGGGCUGCGUCAAUCGCAAGGCAUACAUGAAGAAUAUCGUCCUCCGUAACUGGAACAACAAUAAUACGGAGGAAAUCCAGUGCGCAAUCAAUGAGGUACAGACGAUGUUAGGCUGUGAGCCACUGGGGACGAAGCUGCGCGACAGCGACGCUCCGCGCGCGGCUGUAUUGCCGAACUAUCUCUAUGGCAAACGGAUUUACAACACCAAGGAGGCCAUACCCCAAACAGAAGACAAGGAGGAGGUUCUGAAUGGCGAUGCGGGGACGGAUCCAGGUGAUAAACGUUCGGAGAAAUCAGAAGGGCGACACUUGCCCGUAGGUGAACUGGAAGGUAAUACCGGAGCAGCUGGUGCUACGCAAGGGGGCAGCGGCAAUGCUGAAGAUGUUAAUGAGAUUCUGCAGAAAGUUAUCGGCCAUAAUCGGAAGAGAAAGUAUUCGUUCCUGCCGGGCAGGCUGCUCACUACCUACCGCAAGUGUCGCCCCUACGAGGUACUGGGCAAGGGCAGACGUUGCAUUCGAAAGAAGGGCAAGGUUGGCUUCUACAAGCAUCGGAGCCACGUCUAUGGAUCACAGAAUCGACAUCGUCAUCCAUCGAUCUACAAGAGCAAGCGCGGCCAACGAUAA